AUGGCGGCGGGGCCUGGGUGGACUUCAAGUGCGGCUCGGCCGGUUUUGCCAGUGCGGUCUAGUUUGAGUCUGACGGAGGCGUUGUUGGUAGCGCUGUCUCAAUUAGAUCGGGCAGGAUGUGUAGAAGUGUUUGGGGGCAACGACGUGGUGGCUGACGUGUUGGUGGCGCAGUGGUUGGCUGAUGAUGACUUACGUUUGAGUAAUUGUUCGCGGGAGGAGUUGGUUACAUUGGACGUAGAGAGUUGUCGUGUGGUGACGUUGGACGUCUGGGGCUCUUUGGUGCUUUCGGCGCAUGGCACACACGCGUGUGGUUGUUAUGGCGGUAGUCUCUGGCGGAUGCGUUACGGAAAACGCCCAAAACAGAUGAAGAAUGGUCUGCUUUCAGUCAUACUGGCUUAUUUCGAUCGGCCGAAGCUGCCACCGAUAUGGAGCCCGCUAGAGGUAGACCCGGACGUCGAGAUCCUACGACUUCAGUACAUGGGCGAACGCUUCCGCAGUACGCGCCCCUGCUACCACACCCAGUACAUUAACUGCUAUCUAGCACUCACCUCAUCUGAAGCCAAGCUCAUUCGACUUACGCCUUCCGUCAACCCCAAUCGGGAGAUCGCCCUCAGCACCUACCGUACAGACCGCGAACAAUCGCUCUGCCGCUUCUUCUGCAAUCAACAUGGCUCCAUGCUCGCAGCCACUGCAGGACGUCUCUGCGCUCUUCCCCAAAGCCGCUCCCUCGAAGCCACCGGAACGAUCGCAAGGUGGCAGUCGUGCGGGGCGGCGCAAUCGAGCGCGGGUGUUUCCGGUUCUGUCUUCAACGUGAGACGGUUACUGGACACAAGUCGAGGUGCAAGUUUGUUUUGCGCGAACUUACCGAAUAUGAGGCUGGAAGGUUCGGCAGAGUCUGAUUUCACAAUAUUGGCUUGGGUGCAGGUUGUUGCACCACAGAGGUUGGAGAAGAUGCGUCCUGAGAAGAGUCAGACCGUGCGGUCUGAGACGACUAUAAAGUCGGCUAUGACGAAGAAGACGUUGGAUGACGACAAGACAUCGCGUGCAUCGGGUGAUACGGCGAUGCAGAAGCCGGAUGUAACGGAGGUGGCUGAAGGUGGGAACGUAACGGUGCUGGGUUUGUUACUGCAUCCGAGCGCUAUUCCGAAGUUGAUGUUGCAGUCGGUGGCAGGUUCUUACUGGCUCGCGUGUCGGCGGCAAUUGUCUUUAGCGCCAUUGCGUUUUCUGGAUCCGGAGUUGGAGAAGUAUUAUACAGACUUGUCCGCGGCCAAGUAUUCAGUACGUCUCACUUUGACUAUUUGGAUGUUCGUUUUCGCUUCUGCGGUUUCCUGGGUUCUGGUAUGGUAUGCGUAUCGAGAGCACUGGGUGGAGGUUAUCGACACGUUGGUGGAGAAGUUGAAUCACCUGUUUACGGGUGCGGCGAUUGUGAUUAACAUUCUAUUUUGGGUUGUCAUGUACUUCAACUUGGGCAAAGUGACUGGUGUCAUGCGCAAGCACAUCGAAUACGCCUUCUAUAUGAACGGACUCAUUUACACUGGCUUGAUUGGUGCCUGGGGGACCGCCGCCGUGAUUCGAACCGCGGGAAUGCGGGAUUGGGAUUGGCUGGCGAUGGUAGCAGAUUUAAGCUGGCCAUUGAUGGGCGAGCUGCAGAAUUGGGCAUUACAAAUGGUAUGCAACAUUGUUUAUGCCUACGAGCUCAAGAAGUUUUACGAAGUGAAGAUGCUCGCGGACGGGAUCACGACAACCCUCUUUUUCACUCAGAUCGUAUUAGUGGACGCCGUGCUACCGACUAAGUCAAGUCGAUCGGCGCUCUUCCACCUGGUGAUGGUAGGUACAUUUAUCGGAAUGCGAACUGCACAAGGAAAGGCACUGAUGGUCUCUCAAUUACGUGCCGCGAAUUACAUCGAUAUGGGCUACAUGUUUCUUGUGUACUGUAUCGGUUUUAUGGCCCGUUGGUUCCGUGAAUUGCAAGAACGCUCGAACAUUGUGCGUGUGCGGGAAUCGCAGAGUAGAUUGCAGUCGGUAAAGGAGCGGAGCAAGAAACGGCGUUUCGAUAUGUCGGCAGCUGAGGAGGUAAUGGAUUUGGUGAAGAAUGUCCAGGAAACUGUACGAGCACAGCAUAACGCACGUAAAGCCAAGGGUGGUCCGAACAGUCUGUAUGAGGUCCUUGAGUGUCUUCAGGCAGUGCUGGACCUGUUGGCACAGAACGAGAAGGUAGCGAAGGCGGAUGUGGCUUUCGAUCCGGCUAAAGCGGAUGAUGAAAUUAAAGAAGACGCGUUUAUUAACAUGUAUCGUCUUGACAAACGUGCAGGUACUGAACAUGCAACUAUGGCGCGCAAGCCAAGGACGGGUCAUGGCGUCAAAUUUGAGAUGGAGACGGCGCCACAAAUCACUGUAGACGAAGUCACCUUUGACGCACCGACUAUGCUCGCAAAAAUCGCAGGAGAUGUCGGUCAAACACUGGACCUACGUGUGCUUGAAUUGGCUAAAGAUAACCCUGCCAUUAUCAUGGACAUCGGAUACUUAUUGCUAGGACCUUAUAAACAAUUUUUGGACGUCUCCGAUCAAUGCAUACUCGGCUUCCUCUACGGUAUUUACAAAAACCACUGGACAUCGAACCCUUACCACAACUCCGUGCAUGCGGCGAAUGUGGCACACGUCGCGAUGACACUGAUGAACGCAGUGCGCAUUACGGACUAUUGUUCGGAAGAACAGAUCGUGGCAUACGUGACGGCGGGAUUAGGACAUUGCAUCGGUCAUUCUGGAAGGAAUAAUCUGUUUUAUAUUCAGGGAGAUUCUUUAUUAGCAUUUGCGCAAAAUGACAAUGCCGUAUUGGAGACGACAACGUGUUUCAUGAUCCAAUCUUUAAUGGCAUCCCAGGAAGACAUUAAUAUCCUAAGCAAACUCUCUCGUGAUGAAUUAAUGACCACACGAAAAUUCCUUGUUGAAUUUCUUCUCGCUCUCGACAUGUCUCGACACUUUGAAAUGGUUUCCAAAUCCCGUGUGCGUCGCGCAAGUCCAGAAUUCAAUCCCAUAGAUGAUGUCAAUGAUCGUGAUAUGGCCGUCCAAAUGCUCUUCAAAAUGGCGGAUCUCGGCCAUGCCGUUCUUGACUGGCCCGCACAUCUCGACUGGACGCUACGCCUACAAGAAGAGUUUUAUCAACAAGGCGCCGAAGAGAAUGAAAAAGGCAUGCCCAUAUCACCACUCUGCGAUCGCUCCUUGCACUCCGCCUUUGCUCGUACUCAGGCAGGGUACAUGCAACUAAUCAUUCUCCCUCUUGUCGAUGAAGUCUCCUCCUACGCUGCAGAGGCCGAAACUCUCGUUCAGGCAAACACGCGUGCGCUAUUCAAUAAACAAAAAUGGGAAGGCUUGCGGGACUCUAAAAAGUCACCUCCGGUACCCACCGAGGCACAAACUGAGACGGCACCAAGCAAGUACACUAUCUGGUGUCUCUUCAAUCUCAUGAAGUCCAAGCGCUUCGCUGAUGUCGUCAAGGAACCAACUGUCCCGAUGAUCGCUCGAACCUAA